AUGGAUAACACUGAAAGGGAAACCAUAGCGUCAGGCGAAGCCCUGAGCCUUCAGCAAGACCUUAGCAAUUUACUCUUGCAGGCAACAAAAGAUGCGAACAAAGAGUUGAUCAAACAACUUUUGAGCCAAGGAGCAGACUUUUCGGCUAGAGGAGAAGAGGGUGCCACUUCUUUGCAUUUAGCGUGUGCUGCUGGAAAUUCUGAGAUUGUCAGUUUGUUAUUACAAUAUGGGCACCCGUGGAAUGCCAUCGAUAACAAUAGGAAAACUGCAGGCGAAUAUGCCAAAGAAUGUGGCCACGAGCAAGUUUAUGAGCAAUUAUUAGCGGAAGGUUGUAGAGUGGAAUUAAUACUAGGAGUGCUUGAGCGUAGAAACAGAAACAAGGACGAUCCGUCAAACCUAGACUUUUUGACCAAGCCGUUGAAAUAUUCAGACGACGGUGAGAGGCUAUUGGACUCGGAAAACAAUGGGGUCAUGAUGGGUUGGGAAAAGCCACUCAUGGAAAGGCACGUUCAAGUCAUUUGUACUGAUGAGGGCCUUGAUAUUCUCAAUGUCGGUUUUGGUCUUGGGUUGAUUGAUUCGUAUAUCCAGUCUUACAAACCACGUUCUCACACGAUUAUCGAAGCACAUCCCGAUGUUUAUGCACAUAUGCUAGCCAAUGGAUGGGACAAGAAACCUGGUGUAAAGAUAAUUUUUGGACGCUGGCAGGACGUCUUAGAUCAGUUAGAACUAUACGAUGGUAUUUUCUUUGAUACCUUUGGUGAAUUUUAUGCUGAUAUACAUGAUUUCCAUGAGGAAUUACUGAAUAUGUUGAAACCAGAGGGUGUAUAUUCGUUUUUCAAUGGUCUGGGUGCCACGAAUCCAUUCUUUCAUGAUGUUUAUUGUCGCAUAGCCGAGAUGCAUCUAGCUAGUAUUGGACUAAGUACAGAGUAUGUGGAAAUCAAAAUUGAUCCUUCUGAGGACAAGAUCUGGGAAGGAGUUAAAGCUCGGUAUUGGACUCUGGAUACUUAUCGGUUACCGAUCUGCCGAAUAACGUUGCAAUGA